AUGUCGACAGCCGCGCUGCCGAACCGUGCCAAGCACGACUGGGCCGACGACGAGGACAUUGACGAGACCGCCGUCAGCACCGAGCUGCCGCCGCCGCAGACCAUCAGCAACAAGGAUGGCACCAAGACCACCAUCAGCUACCGCUUCAACGAGCAGGGCCAAAAGGUCAAGACCACACGCCGCAUCCGCUUCAUCACCCACCGUGAGGUCGUCAACCCCCGCGUCGCCAACCGCAUGACGCUCUCCAAGUUCGGCCUGUCGGCCAAGGACCCUGCCGGCCCGGCCACCGACACCACCUCCAUCGCCGAGAACAUCAUCUUCCGCCCCAGCUCCAACUGGCGCAAAGACGCCAAGGACGAGGCCAAGGACCCCAACGCCAACGCCCUCAAGGACAAGCUCAAGGACAAGAAGGUCAAGUGCCGUAUUUGCAACGGCGAGCAUUUCACCGCCCGCUGUCCCUACAAGGACACCAUGGCGCCCAUCGGCGAGACUGCCGGCGCUGCCGACACGGGCGCCGACGAUGACGAGGGCGCCGCCUCGCGUGCGGGCGCGGCCGGCGGCGACGGCAAGAAGGGCUCGUACGUGCCCCCCGCGCUGCGGGGCGGUGCGGCGGCCGCGGGUGCCGGCAGCAGCAUGGCGGGUGCCGGUGGCAAGUACGGCGAGCGCGACGACUUUGCGACGCUGCGCGUGACGAAUGUGUCGGAGCUGGCCGAGGAGCAGGAGCUGCGCGAUAUGUUCGAGCGGUUCGGCCGGGUAACGCGUGUGUUCCUGGCCAAGGACCGCGACACGGGUCUGGCCAAGGGCUUUGCGUUUGUCAGCUUUGCCGAUCGGACGGAUGCAGUCAAGGCGUGCGAGAAGAUGGACGGCUUUGGUUUCAAGCACCUCAUUAUACGCGUGGAGUUUGCCAAGAAGGCAACCUAA